CUGCAAAAUUUUUUGAUGGACACCUUCGGCUCGUUGUACAAAACAUCCACAUUAUCGAAAAAGAAGUUGGAACAACUGAUCGAUGCAUUUCAGAGUCUUUCAAAUACUCCUUUAUUGAUAUACGGACCUACCGGUACCGGGAAAUCGUUUCAUAUAAAGAGCAUUGCGGUCGUGCUCGGAAUACAACUGGAUUAUGUGAUGGAACCUGAUAAGUUUAACAGUAAGACACUUUUUAAAAAACAUGUUACGUACAUAGACACAGAUGAUAUCAGAGAUCUAAGAAAUAUACCAGCAAGUAAUAUUGUCAUAGAGAGUCGGCGUAUCAACAGUAUCGGAAAAAAUAGAAAUGUGGUGCUGAUAAAGUUUGGGAAGGUAAGUGUGAUGAAGCUUAGGAAAAUAUUAAAGGAGCAUACGGAAUUUACAACAAGAAGAAAAAGAUUGGAAAGGGACCCGUGUAAAGGCGGUGAAUUUGAAAGCAAACAAAGCUUUAACGAUAUUACCGAUGGAAGUAUGAUUUUAAAUACAUGUUGCAAUGAAUCUAUGGUGUGUACCCAGAUAACUACGCCAGUUCCUGUCAAUACUCCUGUAUCAUUGGUAUCCCAUCCCAGGUUAGAUCCCAAUCUGUCCGCAUUUCAGGGCAAUAUGCAUCUAUUUCCCUAUGUUUUUUCAACAGCCAACAUAUUUUCAUUUUCUCAUACCAGCCAAAUCACAUUAUUUCACUAUUUAGGAAAAAUAUUUUAUUCUAAGCCGUCCUACAACGAUCACCAUUAUUUUGAUAAUAAGACGGUGAUAAACUUUUUAUUUGAGAAUUAUUUGCUUUUUUACAAUUAUGAUGAUGUAUUUUGCGAUGAUCUUUCCCUCUUGUACGCACGUAAGCACUAUGAGCCGAUAAUUCAUAUGGCAUAUGGUAUAAAGAAUAAACGGGCUGGCCAAUUCACUUCCUUCAAAUCGCCAUGCCAGUCACCAAUACAUUUGCAUCAUGAGAACGAAUACGAAGAUUUGUCUUAAACAUCUGGUUUAUGCACAAAAUUAAGCUUACUCGAAGAGCAUCAGUGCAUAAUUGGAAUAUUAUGUGCUCUCGAUGCUUAAUGCAAUAGUUCCAGCAAUUGAAGUGAUGUAGUUGCCAAGCUGAAACAUGUUCUAAGAUCAAAACAAGAAUUUCAUUAACAACCGCCAAAGGUACUGCAAUCCAAACAAUACGCGCCAUAUAUAACCGUUA